UUUGAUUCUCUGGUUUCCUCGCACACGAAACCAAACAUUAAUGGAAUUGACCGCACAUCUCCCCGAUGCAGGAGGAGGACCCCUCUUGCAAAAAGAAGCAAUGGGACUCAGUCGGGAUUUCUUGUGUAAACAAAGGACAUUGCUGUAGUAGUAGUAAGAAUAAUAAUAAUAUUAUCAUUAUAAUAAAUAGACCUCGCCGAAUGGUGGAGGUGCAUUCGUGAACAUAAACGGUUAAAUGGGCAGCUGCUACUCGCGGCACAGCGACAAAGGUCUGGGGCUGGUGGCCGCUCAACCCUCCCCGGCAGGGUGCCGCUCGGCGCCUCGUCUGUCGCCCCCGCCGCCACGUUCGUCUCGUCCGCGCCGGUGGCGGUGACGGUGUCGGUGUCAGCUCUGGAGGCGCUGAGAGUCCGCGCGCGGCCGCGCUCCGUGACGCUCGCAGCGGCUGUUAGCGGACGGGAGGUGCGGGCGGUGAAACGGAGGAACGGCGAAGGGUGGAGGAACCAUGCGCGCGGCAGCUCCGGAUUCCGGGACGAUUUCUCGAACGCAUCGACGGCAUCUCGCAGCGAGCUAGAGACGCGGCCGUCGCGUCUCGCCUGAGCUCCUGCCGCGUAACAAGGUGGUGGGGGGGGGGCACAGAGAAGCUACCGAGACGAAGCAGCAAGUGUGUGUGUGUGUGUGUCUCUCCCUCUCUCUCUCGCGCUCUCGUCCGCAUCUCCGGGAGCCGGCGGCACAGCCAUCCCGGGACUUUAACGGAAGCCAAGACGCAGAGGAAAAUAACAGAGGGAUAAGGUGUGGCCGAGGUGAGGGUGGCGGCCGGCUUGGCUCGGCUCGGCCCGGCGCGCGUGGAAAAACCGCACGUGUCCGCCCGUCGUGGCCGCGCACGUCACUGUGGCACGCGGCCGCCGCAGCCAUGCCGAUGCACCCGGUGAGCACGGGGCUCAUGUAUCGCGGCCUCUGCAGCAUUCCUGAGCUUCCCGAGGGACCGCCCGACAUCUCGGAGGACGAGGUUCAAGAGAUCCGGGAAGCGUUUCGCGUCUUCGACCGAGACGGCAACGGCUUCAUCUCCAAGCAGGAGCUGGGCAUGGCGAUGAGGUCGCUGGGUCACAUGCCCAGCGAAGUGGAGCUCGCUAUCAUCAUGCAGCGCCUCGACAUGGACGGUGAUGGACAGGUGAACUUUGAGGAGUUCAUGACCCUGCUGGGCCCCAAGCUCACGGCAGCUGACAAUCCAGACGGAUUCCUGAGCAGUGAGUUUGACACCAUCUUCUGGAAGCUCUCGUCGUCCCCUGUGCCUGUGUUCCAGUUCAACGUGCAGCAGAUGACGCUGGAGGAGCUAAAGCAGGUGAUCUUCAGCGCGUUCCGCGAGCAGGUGACGAUGAAGGACAUCGAGACAAUCAUCAUGAACGAGGAGGGGAGCAACAUGGAGAACUCGGAGAACUACUGUGCACAGGUGGAUGUUUACCCGGGCAGGCGGAACAGGCAAACGUGCGUACGCAAGAGUCUCAUCUGCGCGUUCGCCGUGGCGUUCAUCAUCAGCGUCAUGCUCAUUGCCGCCAAUCAGAUCCUGCGCAGCGGCAUGCAGUGAGAACCCUGGCUCUCCGUGGGGGGUCGGAGGAAACCACGUGGAGCGGCAUCUGUCGGAUUCUCUCUGUCUCAAGAGGCCCGCCGAGAAAUUCAAGCCGAGGGAGGCGUCAUCAGCGGGACCAGUGCAACGUCACCUUAGCUUUCCUAAAUGUGUAUGAUUGGGUAAAGUAUUUAUUUUUCGAUUUAUAACAAAACAAAAAAACAUGCUCUUGGCGAAAGGCACCGUUGUGGCAUACUUAACCUUCAUUGGACUCUGUUUUUUUUUGCGUGUGCUCCGAGCAAGGAAGGUUGGCUGCCUUUUGGUGGCGUGGAAUAUCUCACGCUAACAGCUCUCAUUGCCCAAGAGCAGGCGGGAUCACUGUCUUGUGUUCCACAGUGGUUUUGUCCACUAUAAACAAGACGGGCAGCGGCGUCGCACAGCCGUGUUUAUCUGCUGACACAACUGCUGACGCCAAGGACUGCCGUUUGCGUGCAAAUUGCACACUUUAAUACACCGGGAAAAGAAAACAAAAAAAAAAGAAGACGAACACGUGUGGAUUGGAUGUGUUACUUACCUAAGGGAGUAUGCAAUGUUUGUAUAUAAGAGCGACUAGGCACUUCACACGGCGAGGGUUGCGAAUGCAGUUGUGUGCGACCUUUGUCCGGCAGUGCACUGCGUUGACUGCAUGUGCACACUGCACUAAGUGCAUGCAGCCCACCGGAUUCCCGGGCCACCAUUGCUUCGAAGCUACGAGGUCUUCAUUUCAGGGCCAGAGAGAGUGAGAGGCGUUCAGCCAUGCAAGUCAUUUCUGCUCCACGGACAGCGGCAUUUGCUGGCGGUUCGCUGCGACCAACGCUAUUUGCUCCUUAUGGCAAAGAACAACCUGCAAUAGGACAGCUCCGCAAAAAAAACAACGCAGAGGAUUCAGCGUCAGCGUCAUUUUCUGUUUUUGUUUUUUUAUAUUUUUCUUAACGAUCGUGAGUUAUGCUCAUUAAAUGAAUUAUGAUUGCUCAACCAAACCCGUCUCUUUGGAGACGCAAGUGUAUAUUUCUAUAAAAGCUGCCCGCAUUUCACGUCGACCAACUACAGCAGUUGACCGCGCCUUAUCACAUCCAACAGCGCGUGCGUUAGAAAAAAAAAAUCAGCAGAGCUUUGUUGUUGUUGCUGAUGCUGCUGACGACUGAGGCCUUUGGAUUCGGCUCGGGAGGGACGGGAGGGACGGGGGGCCGCGUCCACUGACCGCUUAACCGAAACAACGUGGGCCCAAUCAGCGGGUGAUUGGCUUGUCCCAGCCGCCUGUCAUCGCCCUGUUUGCAUCGGCUUGAUCAAGUACCCUUCCAGCCGCCGACUCUGUGCGUCUCUAAACUUGCAGGAGGCCAAGCUGGCGCGCGAGAAGUGCCGUGUUGGUUGCUUCACAUUUUUGGUUGACGAAAGGCAGUCCAGUCAGACCUCAUACAGAUCCCGCAUUUGUAGAACAGCACAACAACAAUAAAUUGAUGUUAUUUUUCUCGGCUGUUAUGCCGCUGAAAUCUAAAUGAAUCUCACCGGCGUAAUAACUAAGCGUAGAAAUGUAGUUUAUAAAAAAUAUAUAUAAAUGACGUGUGUUAAUAACACACGUGAAGGAGUAAUAACACGCAGUACAUUUUGCCACUUUUAUGAAAUACUCGUUGAUGCAACCCAGAGAUUGUUAAACAGAUGUACGCAUAAAUACCGUAAAUUACAAGUUUCUCCACUUCAUACGUGAUGCUAAUUAGAGUUACUUUGCCUUGAUCCCAGUUGAAGAAGUAACGCCUCUGAAUCUAGAUUUUAAGUUUUCGUGACUGCAGGGAUCUCAUACAUACUCUUUGGUUCUUUCGGUAAAGUCACGUGGGUAUAAAACAAAAUAAAUUAAAUCACGACGUGGGCACUUCAGAAAUUUGUUUAUUGCUGUGGUUGUUUCCACAUGAUGACGGGCACUUGUGUUGUGCCCGAAACGUCGUGAUUUAAUCGAUUUUGUUUUAUGCCUACGAGACUUCACCGAAAUAACCAAAGAGUAACGUCUCUGAAAUUCCCGACGAUGUUUUCGCGCGUAAAAGAAACCUGCCACCCCGUCAAGGUCUUUGUCGCAUGCCCCUUUGGAAAAUGAUAUGACGAAAAAAAUGGUUUGCAAACUAAAAAAAAGAGAUGUUGCACAAUAUUUUGUAGAAAAUAAUAAGCGUCACCUGUUAUAUUUUUGAUUUGUUACGAUGUAAUAUUAUCCCAAUUGUUUUUUUUUUGGGGGGGGGGGGGGGGUGGGCAGAAACCAUUAGCGGUGUUUAUCGGGUUGCUGAAACGUUGAAGAAUCCAAAAAAAACGUUGACCUAGUUUGUGAAAUAAAGCGAGUGAAGCUGUCAAUGACAGAUUAUGCGUGAAAAAAAACAAGCAAACGCACUUGGAAAGGUUUUAUUUUAUUUUAAUGGAAAAAAUGUAACGUGAAUCAAUUAGUUCGAACAAAAAAAAA